AUAGUAUUCAUAUACUAAACCAUUACAUGCACCCCCACACCUCACACCUCCCUCCCUCUCUCUCUCUGCCUAGUUUAACUUCUCCAAUUGUUGUAGAAACUCUCUAUAGCUUCCCCAAUGAGAAGCCACUUGAUACCAAUAAACACCCUCUUCUUAGUCAUUUUAUGCUUUUCUCUCUCUUCUAUCCGUUCUCCAUGGCUCUUUCUCUCUCUUCUCGUCGGUUUCUCUUUCCUGUUAUCUUUCUUCUUCUCUACUUGGCUAGUAGCUGGUGGUUUUGCAUGGCGUAGGUUUUGCGGGAAUACCAAAACAGCCCCUGGCCCAAUAGGGUGGCCAAUAUUGGGCUGCCUCCCUAUAAUGGGCCCCCUUGCGCACCGUAAGCUCGCGGGGCUUGCGGAGACCCACGACGCCCGCCGCCUCAUGGCCGUCAGCCUCGGCGCCACCCCGGUGAUCGUCAGCAGCCGCCCCGACACCGCCCGCGAGAUCCUCCACGGGCCGGCAUUCUGCGACCGGCCCGUGAAGGCAGCGGCCCGCGGGCUGAUGUUCGAGCGGGCCAUCGGCUUCGCCCCUGCGGGGGACCACUGGCGCCACCUCCGGCACAUCGCGGCCACCAACAUGUUCUCCCCCCGGAAGGUGGCGGCCCUCGAGGGCCUCCGGCGGCGCGCGGCGGACAGCAUGGUAGGAAGGGUGUGGAGGGAGAUGGAGGAGAGAGAAAAGGUGGUGGUGAGGGAGGUGCUUCAAGAGGGGUCUUUGGAGACCAUGGUUAAGAGUGUGUUUGGGGAGUCACUUGGGGAGGAGGAUAGAGUGGAGUUAGUUAAAAUGGUUAAGGAAGGGUAUGAGUUGAUAGGGAAGUUUAAUUUGGAGGAUUAUUUUCCAUUGAUGGGUGGUCUCUUGGAUUUUUAUGGGGUAGGGAGGAGGUGCAAUAAAUUGGGUGAUAGAGUUAGGGCUCUUGUUGGCAAAAUAGUAGAAGAGAGGAGAGUAAAGGGAGACUACAACAUGCAACAUGACUUUCUCAGCUUGAUGCUCACUCUACCAAAGGAAGAGAGUUUAAGGGAUUCAGAUAUCAUUGCAGUGCUCUGGGAAAUGAUAUUCCGAGGAGCGGAUGUAGUCGCGGUACUAUUGGAGUGGAUCAUGGCUAGAUUGGUCUUGCACCCAAACAUUCAGGCCAGAAUCCAAGCAGAACUCGACUCAGUAAUCGGUACCCGACCUGUAUCCGAUGCGGAGAUACCGAAACUCCGAUACCUCCAAGCGGUCGUCAAGGAAACCCUAAGGAUGCAUCCGCCGGGCCCCCUUCUCUCUUGGGCCCGAUUAGCGGUCUGUGACGCCCAUGUCGACAAGUUCUUCGUGCCAGCGGGGACGACGGCGAUGGUGAACAUGUGGGCCAUAACCCAUGACGGGUCCAUAUGGAAGGACCCGUGGGCCUUCCGGCCCGAGCGGUUCCUUGAGGAGGAUGUUAGCAUAAUGGGUUCGGAUUUAAGGCUCGCGCCAUUCGGGUCGGGCCGGCGGGUUUGCCCCGGUAGGGUGUUGGGGCUGACGACGGUGCACCUGUGGCUGGCGCGGCUCGCACAAGAGUACAUUUGGUCUGCCGGUCGACCGGUCCAGCUAUCGGAGCGCCUGCAGCUAUCAAUGGAGAUGAAGAGGCCACUGGUUUGUCGUGUUGUUCGACGAUCGAGAACAAGUUGUGAAGUAGGGCAUGAUGAGAUGUAGAAGAGGAUGAUAAGGGAAGGGAGUGUGUGAAAGGGGAAAUUAAGGACAGUGUGAGUGCACCCUAAGUUGUGUUUAAAUUAUUGUACAAAAUUAAGCUUGUAUUAUUAGUCUCUCCGCGUAAAUAAACAAGAGGGUACGUAAAAUGUAACCAAACUAUGUACUUACUCUUCUUCUAACAUCAACCUAGAAAUAUUACCCCCGUAAUUGCUAAGACUUCAUAAUGAAAGAGAGAGAUAUAUAAUAGCUGCUUCUUGUUUUGCCAA